CAAAAAAAAACAAAUAAAACUAGUAAUAUGAAUCAGGAUUUUGUCCAUUGCAGACAGUAGAAACCUAAUUCAAACUCGCUUAAAUCAAGUUAUUUCUUUAAGUUAAUAGAGGUUCAGGGGUAGACAGGGUGAUCCAGGCAAGACUGUUAAGGCAUUGUCAUGAGCAUUCUAUUCUGUCCUUCUCCUGCCAAAGCUCUGUUGUCCACUCUGUUAGAUUCCUUCUCAGGAAGGCUGUCCCCAAGUUUGGAAAGAUUGUCCACUGGCAAAUCCAACCUUAUAUUCUACUAGUUUAAAAUUUUUAGAAGGAAGAGACUUAGCUCUAGCAAAAGUCCCAUUUCAGCAAAAUACUUCAAUUGGACUAUCUCUGAAUCAAUCACUGGGACCAGGAAUGGCUGGAAUACCUUGUGCCUUGCCAGACUGGAGUGAACGGUGAACAGCCCAUGUCAAAUCAUGUGGACUGAGAGUGGAGGGAAACGAUGUUCCAGAAAUGAAAUCCAAGAGAAGGGAUCCUCACCAAAUGGAAGCUGUAGAUGUCCACAGCCCUGGGCUGUAUACAUUUCCUGAGUCAAUUCUAUGGACCUUGGCUGCAAUGCUGAGUUCUAACUGCCCGUUUACUUAUAGGCUCUAUAUGAGCAGGGCCGUGUCUCCAUCAGGGUUCCAUCCCCAGGGUUGUUUAGAAGAUCUUGCACAUAGAAGGCUGCCCAUAAUGAAGAAAUAUCUCCUGUCCCUUCCUUUUUCCUUCAUCUAGUUUCAGAGAUCAUGUUUCCAGUGGGUUCUGCAGAAAUUACAUUGGGCCUCACACAAGGGGAGCUUGUGUGUAAUAUUCACUCCACAAAAUAUUUGUGGAGUAAAUGUAUUAAGGGCACUGAUAAGUUCAUAAUAGUUGCCCACAACCCCAGAGGUCAGAAGGAUGUGGCACUUACAGCAAAACCUACUGAGCUUACUCAGCCUCCUUUUGUCUUUUUCCUAUCUCCUUUGAAAUCUGUUACUCUUCUUAUCUAUCUCAAACUUAUGCUUUCCCAUCUCUUGAUAUACCUGGUUCCUGUCUGUUUCUGAGCCUUUUCUCCCUGUGGGGUUUCCUCACUCUCUCCCUCCUUCCCUUUCUUCCUCCCUCUGAAAAAAUGAUAUAUUGGUAUGGCUUCUGGGUCUCCUUUGGUGUACUUCUUUUUCUUAUUUUUCACUUCCCCUCUCUCUUCCUACUCACCAUGCAGAAAUGGGAUUUUUAUGUUUGUUAUUGACUAUUUAUAUAUCUAUGAUUCUUAAUUUUCCAGGCUAGUGAACAAAACAUUUAAAUUUCCCUCUGUAAAAACUGGUGGCACUGGGGGGUUAGUGACUGCCAAAAGGCAAUCAAUACCCUGCCAUCUUUCCAGGACUUGUUUUGCAAUAAGUAACAAGAACUUAAUGAAAAAAUCUCUUGGAUAUAGCUGUACACAGAGGAAACUACUACAAAGUUAUAGGGGCCUAGUGUUUCAACUGUAAAUUCCAAUAGAAAGUCAGUUUGGUUGCUAAGCAGAGAACAAUGUGUAAGGUUUAAAAAUUGACGUAUUUCUUCAAAAAUUUAAAGACGAUUUUAUAUUUGACAGUGAAAUUCCUAAGAACCCCCUGAAGGCUAUCCUGGAGUUAGAAUGUCACUUUGCAUGGAAUUUACUUAAGACAUUCUGUUUGAUGUGGAAGAUACAAUUGGGCAGCAGCUUGAAUUUUUCGCCACAGAAUCCUGAUUUACUCUUUAUAACCUAUUGGCCUGCAUGAAACACUUAAAAGGCCAAAUGAAGAUGCCCUGGAAUAUUUGGACUGAGCAGAAGCCGUAAUGCAGAGAAAACACUCAGACAAAAAGGAAGUACGACAUCUGGUCACUUGGGGAAACUAUGUGUGGCUGUAUUGUCACAUGGACCAGCUCAAGGAAGUUCAGAAGUAUUUAGACAAGAUAGGGACCGUCUGUAAGAAACUGUCCAGUCCUUCUGACUAUGAAUUGGAGAGGCCUGAGAUUGAUUGUGAGAAAGGGUGGGCACUCUUGAAAUUUGGAGGAAAGUAUUACCAAAGGGCAAAAGCAGCUUUUGAGAAGGCUCUAGAAGCAGAACCCGAUGAUCUAGAAUUUAACAUCAGCUAUGCCAUCACAAUAUAUUGGUUGGACCAUUCUGACCACCACAGGCCUACACAAAGCUCUUCUUUGGGCCCACGGAGGAAGGCUGUCACCCUGAACCCAGCAAAUGCCUACAUUAAGAUGUACAUGCAGAAGCUGAAGUGGAAAGGUUUAUUGAAGAAAUCCUGGACCAGAUAUCUUCCCAACCUUACGUCCUUUGUUACACAGCCAAAUUCUACAGGAGAAAAAAUUCCUGGGACAACGCUCUGGAACUUUUGAAAAAAGGUCUUGAAAGUGACACCAAGGUCUUCAUUCCUGCAUCACCAGAUGGGACUUUACCAGAGGGCACAAAUGAUCCAAAUCAAAGGCCACGGGCAACAGACCCGUGGGAGGAUAAAUGGAGAGUGGAUAGGCUUCUUACAAUGUUGCUCUCUCAUUUCAGAGUAGCUGUGCAACAAGACUCCACCUUUGCAUUUGUUUACACAGACCUGGCCAACAUGUAUGCUGAGGGAGUCCAGGAUAGCAAAGCUGAAGAAGUCUUCCAGAAAGCCCUUCAACUGGAGAACAUAACUGAUGAUCACAAACAUCAGCUCUACUACUACUAUGGCCACUUUUAGGAAUUCUACUGUAAAUCAGAAAGUACUGCCAUCCACCAUUAUUUAGAGGCCUUGAAGAUCAGAGACUGCUCAUCCCUCUGUACCAAACUGACCAGUGCUCUGAAGACACUGGCUGGGAAGAGACUUGGUCACAAUGCUUCAGACCUGCAGAGUUUAUGAGCCCUGGGUUUUGUUUACAAGGUGGAGGGAGAAGAGAGACAAGCUGCUGAGUACUGAGUGGGCCCUAAGGAUAGACCCAGAAAAUGCAGUGUCUUGGGUUCUCCGUGAGCUUCAACUUUCUAUUUAAAUACAUACUCUGGGGGGUGGGGUGGUGGUGGGGAACCUGGGUGGCUCAGUGGUUGAGCAUCUGGCUUUGGCUCAGGUUGUGAUCUGAGGGAUUGGUGUGGGAUUGGGUCCCA